AUGAUUGCAGACGACUAUUUAGAGAUACAACACAGACCAUUAUUUAGCAGCACUGAGGCCACAAUCUUCAUCCUCGCCAAUGGAAAAAGAAUAGUUUCAAGUGCAAGAUGUAAUAACUACUUAAAAAUAAACAAAAACAAUAGAUUUAAUCAUGAUCAAUACAACUUUAAAGAUCAAUCAAAUAACAAUAAUCAACAACAACAACAAUCAAAGUUUAAUCUAUCGAAUAUAUUUACAAUUUCUUCAAUUGGAAUAUGUUUAAUAGCAGGUGGAACAGCAAGUCUAUUGGAUCAAAAUCAAAUUAAAAUACCAGUUGAAGCGAUGAAUGAAUUGAAAUCGUUGCUUGGUGAUCGUGUUGAUCUUUCGAAAGGCGAUAUAGAAGCACAUGGAAAAGAUUUCAGUUAUCAUCCACCACACAAUCCAGAGGCAGUUGUCUAUCCAAAGACCGAGGAAGAGGUGACUGGCAUCAUCAAUAUCUGCUCCAAGUACAAUGUACCGAUCAUUCCAUACGGUUCCGGCACCAGUCUAGAGGGACACAUUCACGCUUACCACGGUGGUGUCUGCAUUGAUUUCCGUCUGAUGAAAAAAGUGAUCAAGUUGGAGCUAGACGACUUCCACGUAACCGUUCAGCCGGGAAUCACCUACGACGAGCUCAACGAAGAGCUACUGCCACACGGCUACUUCUUUGCUAUGGAUCCAGGACCCGGUGCAUCUAUUGGUGGCAUGGUCGGAACCAGCUGCUCGGGAACACACGCCGUCAAAUACGGCACCAUGAAAGACAAUGUUUUGGCACUGAGAGUGGUGCUCCCCGAUGGCCGAUUGGUAAAGACGCGAACCGUCGCCAAAAAGUCGUCGGCCGGCUACGAUUUGACACAUCUGUUCAUUGGCGCCGAGGGAACUCUCGGUGUAGUCACCGAAGUCACUCUGAAAAUUCACCCGCUUCCUGAGAGAACCGCCGUCUCGCUAGUCACUUUCGACUCGAUUGAGGAUGCCUCGAAAACAGUGAUACAAACGAUGCAAGACGGCAUUCAAAUUGGUCGUGCUGAACUGCUGGACGACGUCAUGUUGAAAGCUGUCAAUCUGAGUAACGAUACACAGUUCGAGGAGGUUCCAACAUUGAUUUUCGAAUUCACAGGAUCACCUGCGCAAGUGGACGAACAGAUUCUCAAGGUAGAGUCAAUCUCUGCAAAGAACAAAUGUAAUAAAUUCACAUUUGCAACCGAUCCAGUCGAAAGAGAGAAACUAUGGUUUGCAAGAAAAGUUGCUCUCUGGAGUGCAACCACAUUGAAACCUGGCAACGAAGUUUUAAUCACCGAUGUUUGUGUUCCAAUUUCACAACUAUCGAAAAUCAUUGUAGAAACAAAGAAAGAUAUUGAAUCAACUUCAUUAUUAGCACCAUUAGUUAGUCAUGCAGGUGAUGGUAAUUUCCAUCUUUUCGUGCUAUUCGAUCCAAACAAUCAAAAGGAAUUAAAUGAAGCAAAAUCUUUGAGUGAUAAACUAGUUCAUAGAGCAUUAGAAAUGGGUGGUACUUGUACAGGUGAACAUGGUGUUGCUCUUGGUAAAAAGAAAUAUUUGGAAAAAGAACUAGGAAAAAAUGCAGUGGAUUUAAUGAAAACUAUUAAAAGAACAAUUGAUCCAAAGAAUAUUAUGAAUCCAGGAAAAGUAAUUGAUGUUUAA